AAAAAAAAAAAAUUGCAAGCCGGAAGAAAAGGGGAAAACAAAAGCCCUAAACCCUAGCCUCAUCCAAUCCAUUCCUUAAUUCACUCGCGCAUGGCAGCACUGCAAGUGCAGAGCCGGAUUUCCAAGCUUGUUUCUAGGCCACUUCCAUGUUGGUGGAGAAUAUGCCGUUUGAGCUCCAGCUCCCUGGAAGAUGCCGUCGGCGUCAGAGGACGAUUCGACGAUGAUGGUGACAAGAAUAGCCGCCGCAAUAGCCACCAACAGCGUCCUCCUGAGCCCAUUCCUAACCGGCCUUUGAGAGGCCCUGCAAAUCCCAAAUUCGACAAUAACAGACGACUCUCUGCCGCUAACAAUAAAGCCGACUUUGAGUUUCUGGAUAAAUUGAAGCUUGGAGUUGGUGCGAAACAAGAGCCAGAAGAAGAAAAAGAAGGAGAAGUAAAGGCGGAGACAUCGCCAUCUCCGCCGCCACCGCAAGAAGCCGAGGAGAUCUUCAGGAAGCUCAAGGAAACGGGUCUGAUCCCCAAUGCCGUGGCCAUGCUCGAUGGGCUUUGCAAAGACGGGCUUGUUCAAGAGGCCAUGAAGCUCUUCGGGUUGAUGCGCGAAAAGGGUACGAUUCCUGAAGUGGUUAUCUACACCGCCGUCGUGGAAGGCUUCUGCAAGGCCCAGAAGUUCGACGAUGCCAAAAGGAUUUUCAGGAAAAUGCAAAGCAAUGGGAUUUCUCCCAAUGCCGUCUCUUACUCCGUGUUGAUACAGGGCUUUUAUCAGUGCGACCAUUUGGACGACGCCGUUGCCUUUUGUGUCGAGAUGUUGGAGGCUGGUCACUCUCCGAAUGUCCAAACUUUUCUGGGCUUGGUUACUAGAUUGUGUUCGACUAAGGGUGUUGAAGAAGCUCGUUCUGUAAUUGCAACGUUAACCCAGAAAGGAUUUUUCGUCAACAACAAAGCUAUUAAAGAGUAUAUGGAGAAAAAACCAGCGCACCCACAUGUUUGGGAAGCAAUCUUCGGGAACGAAACCCAAGAGAAGCCAUUUCGUUUUUGAGUUUUCUUCUAGAUUCUGUGCGUGGCAAGGGCAGGGGGGCAGCAGUGGAGGUAUUUGUGGGUGAAUGGCAUUGGCGGUGGUAGUAGUAGUGAUACGCUUCGGAGAAUGGCAUUGGCGACAUGAGAAUGGUAUCAGCGGAGAGAGCUGGCGUUGGUCCCAGUAGUAGUGAUACGCUUCGGAGGAUGGAGGAGGAGAAGGAAUAUAAUGGUGGUGGUACUGAAGCAUGAUAUAAUUUUUCCAAUAUCUCUGUACAGGUGCACUUGGUACUGAUGUAAUCUCUCUUUUAGCGUUCCUUAUAGCCUGUGGGUUCUCCUUACUUCUCACAUGUGCACACGAAAUUACAGGCAAUUAUCUAGACAAUACAAUGGAACUGAUAAUCGUUGAUCUGUGAAGCAUUUAACAGCAGGUGAAUAACAGUCAACAUAUUCCAUGCCAA